AUGGCAGUGCAACGUUGGAUUAACGACAAUUGGGGUGACUUCGACGAGCCGGUCCAGGAAGCGCCGCCUGGUAUGGACGACUCGCUGCUGCCUUUGACUUCAGAGCCAGCGAAUAUAGUGGAAGCAGAGGCAGAUGGUCUUACCUCUGCUGGCCAGAAUGAACGGGCAGAUGGUCUUAGCUCUGCUGGCCAAAAUGAACAAGCGGAUGGUUUUACAUCUGUUGGCCAGAACGGACAGGGCCAGAAUGAUAGACCGCCCAAAUUGAGAAGGCUGGUCGCGUUUUGUAUAAGCCCAGAGAAAGCAGAGCAGCAACGCGUGCGCGACUUGGAGCAAGAACUGCACGAGUGGAAAAAGCGCAAGGCACAGCUGCGUCUGCAGCUCAUGGCUGAACGUUUGCUAUUGUCGCACUAUGUUGAUUCUCUGUAUGUUGUACAAGAGUGGGCUCGCAAUCGGGCGGGCAACCGUUAA